AUGCCUCCAACUACAACUACGACUACUUCUCCCACAGCUUCCCCCUCUUGUCUCCAUGUGUCCCCUGCCAAGAAUGGAUACUUGCCGCCAGAAUCCUGCGAUGCAAUUCUUUAUUACGUGCCAUCUUUUGGCGCGGCGAUCCUCUUUUGUGUCCUGUACGGCAUCACGGCCGUACUCCACCUCGCUCAAGCGAUUGUUUACAAGAAGGCAUACGCAUGGGUGAUUAUCAUGGGCGCCGCGUGGGAGCUACUAGCAUUCAUCUUCCGCACCCUUCAGACCCGCCACCAAAACAGUGAUACGUGGGACACGCUCUACAUGAUAUUUUUCCUUCUGGCACCUAUAUGGAUCAACGCCUUCAUCUACAUGACCCUGGGCCGAAUGAUCUACUUCUUCCUGCCCCAGAAAGGUCUGGCAGGUAUCUCAGCUCCUCGCUACGGAAUCUUCUUCGUCACUCUAGACAUUGUGGCCUUCCUCGUGCAAUGUGCGGGCGCUUUUCUCAUGUCCAACAAGGACAUAGGCCAUAGUCUCAUGAUGACGGGUCUGCAUGUAUACAUGGGCGGCAUCGGCCUGCAGGAGUUCUUUCUGCUGUGUUUCUGGGGACUCGCGAUCAAGCUCCACGUGGACAUGAUUGGAAUCGAAAAAUCCCAAGAGGUCGAUCCAGCCAAGUUCUACCGUGGCGCAUAUCCCUGGCGCUGGCUCUUUUACUCGACCUAUUUUGCCUUGACUAUGAUCUCGAUCCGUAUCUUUUUCCGCCUUGGCCAGUAUUCUCAAGGCUUCAAUGCGUCCAACCCUGUCCUUAGUCAUGAAGCUUAUGAGUAUGUCUUGGAUGCCACGCCGAUGUUUUUGACUCUGGCCAUUUUGAAUGUCUUCCACCCCGGCCGGAUUUUGCAAGGGCCGGAUUCUGCAUUCCCGAAGCUCAGUCGCAAGGAAAAGAAGUUCCAGAAGGAACAGAAGAAGCAGCAGAAGAAGGAAGAAAAGGCACAGAAGAAGGCUUUGGCAUGGUCGAGUGACAAAGAUGGGUCCGAUUCUGAAGGCCUCGAUCUGGAGGAUGGCAAUAUGCCGAGAUUGCAGUCUGUUUGA